AUGGCAGCGCUCCUUGCAAAGGCAGCACUCCUUGCGAAGGCAGCACACCUUGAGAAGGCAGCACUCCUUGCGGAUGCAGCACUCCCUGCGGAGGCAGCACUCCUUGCGAAGGCACCACUCCUUGCGAAGGCAGCACUCCCUGCAAAGGCAGCACUCCCUGCGAAGGCAGACCUCCUUGUGAAAGCAGCACUCCUAGCGAAGGCAGCACUCCUUGCGAAGGUAGCUCUCCUUAGAAGGGCAGCACUCCUGGUGAAGGCAGCACUCUUUGCGAAGGCAUAUCUCGUUGCGAAGGCAGCACUCCUUGCAAAGGCAGCACUCCGUGCGAAGGCACCACCCCUUGUGAAGGCAGCACUCCCAGCAAAGGCAGCCCUCAUUGCGAAGGCAGCACUCCUUGCGAAGGUAGCACUCCUUGCGAAGGCAGCACUCUUUGCGAAGGCACCACCCCUUGCGAAGGCAGCACUCCCUGCAAAGGCAGAUCUCAUUGCGAAGGCAGCACUCCUUGCGAAGGCAGCACUCCUUGCGAAGGCAGCACUCCUUGCGAAGGCAGCACUCCUUGCGAAGGCAGCACUCAUUGGAAGGGACCACUCGUUCAAAGGCAGUACUCCCUGA